AUGACAGGUAGCACUCCUGGUGUCGGUGCUGGAGAUGAUGUUGUGGCUUUUCAUUCUACACAAUCCUCUGUGCCACCAGGUGUAGGUGUUUUCACCACAUCUGGAUAUCUACCCUCGUAUCAGUUGCCGCAUACUUCUUUUGCACCGAUUCCAUCUGCUAGUAAUUUAAGUCCUCUAUCAGGGAUAAGAAAUAAUAAUAAUAUAGAACGUGGUGGAUAUACAACAAAUACAAUGGCUAAUGAACAACCCGGUAUCAUUCGAACUCCUUCAGAUGGACGAAGAAUUCCUUCAGCUCAUUUUAGUGAUGUAACCGAAGAAGAUGAUGAAAAUGUUGGCACACCAAGACAACUUAGAGAUAUCAAUUAUCCUAUUUAUGUAUCAGGUAAUGAAUCGCAUAUAAUGCGUCAUCCAAGUGGGCAGACAACUACAGGUGGGAGUGGUGGUAGUGGCGGCGGCGGUAUCAUUACUCUAUCUGGCAGUCCAUCAGUACGCCCACAGCAUGGUAUCACUUAUCAGAAUAUACAACAAACCAGCGAUCCAAAUCUAGGUACAGUUCCAAAUAUUGACAGUGAUCCUGUAUGGCCUGACUUGCCUCCAACUAACUGUUAA